AUGGAAGAAGAUCAAAUGGAGAGAAUAAUGAGAUUAGCUACACAAAGAAAAGAUCAAGUGGAACAACCAUCAUGGAGCUACUACAUGAUGAUGCUGUCUUUAUGUUUUCAGGAUCCAAAGAAAAGAUUCUUCCCAUGGACCAUCCUUGUUCCACUCUCUUUGAUUUGCGCAGCUUAUUUCUUUGGUAAUGCAUUAUCUCAAAACGAAUACAAACAAAGGUUGGCAAGAUGGGGACUAAUUUAUUCAACACCUAUUACAAAAUCAAAUGCAUGCAAGACACAAUGCCAUCAUCUUUCUGGAACUCACUCAUUGCCUCAAGGAAUUCUUGCUACAACAUCUGACUUGGAAACAAGGUCCUUAUGGGCCUCUGCUGCUCCAAACAAUAAAAAUUCAAAUCGACCAUUGAAUUUGUUGGCUAUUCCGGUAGGAAUUAAGCAGAAACAAGUUGUCGAUAAAAUCGUCAAAAAGGUGGUGACUCUUGCUUCAUUAAUAAGCUGGCAAUCGGAAGAAGUGGAUCCGAAAAGGUGUUGA